UCGUCGUUAUUGUACAGCAUUCAGUUCCUGCCUUGUCUGGCCCUUGUUAACCCGAGACAAGCGUGAAAGGGGUUAAAUCACGUGUGUGCAGCACUUGGAAACUCGUAAAAGUGUCACUUGAAGAGGACAAAGACGUCCCGCGGUGAGCCAGAAGAUCCCUGCCGCCGUUCAUCCAGCAGCACUCAGCGAUCCUCCUCCUCAGCUUCUCCUUCUCUCUGCUCAGCACGCACCGAGUCUGUCUCAGCCUGUCUGUCUAUCUGUCUGUCUGUCUGUCUGUCUGCGGGAGACGAGGAUGCGGGCUGUCGUGUUUUGCGGCAGCAUCUUUUCUUUGUACCUUUUUCUCUGCGUCCAUUGUCUGCCGGUGCACGACCGGAGGACCGGCAGCAGGCGCAAGCUCCAGGGAUGGCCUCACAGCAGCAGUCAUGUUGGUCUGAAGAAGAGGGGAAGACAUGAACAGGACACGCUAAAUAAUCAGUACCACUUGAAGUCCGUGCUGCCACCUAAAAAUGACACAGAGUUCUGGAAGCGUCCUCGUUGUGGGGUUCCGGACUAUCCGAGCAUAAUGCAGGUGGACCUGUCGUACUUCAACCUGAAGAAGAAGAAGAAGGGAGGCCUGAGUAGACAGCAGCGCCAGAAGCGGUUUGCGCUGUUUGGAGGGCGCUGGGAAAAGACUGACCUCACUUACAAGAUUGUUCGUUUCCCUUGGCAGAUGAGUGAGGCCAAAGUGCGGCGUGUCAUGCAGGAGGCAUUAGGUUUGUGGAGUGCAGUGACACCUCUGACGUUCAGAGAGGUAACGGAGAGGUCCGCUGAGAAAGCCGACAUCAUUAUUGACUUCAACAGGUACUGGCACGGUGACACCUUACCAUUCGAUGGUCCGGGAGGGAUCCUCGCCCAUGCCUUUUUCCCGAGGACACACAGAGAAGGAGAAAUCCACUUUGACUAUGAUGAGGACUGGAUUGUGGGCAACGAUGUGGGCACAGACCUCCUACAAGUGGCAGCGCAUGAGUUUGGUCAUGUGCUGGGCCUGCAGCACUCCCUGGAGCCAGAUGCUGUGAUGUGUCCCUUCUAUAGUGACUCCUACCCUCUGCAGCUGAGUGAGGAUGACAAGAGGGGCAUCCAGUAUCUGUACGGCCCACCUCGGCAGGCGCCACCCAAGAUGACAGAGACCAACGAGAUAGACAUUGGAAUGCCGGACGCCUGCCGAACAAACUUUGAUGCCGUGUCCAUGAUCAGGGGGGAGCUGUUCUUCUUUAAGGCUCGAUACGUUUGGCGUAUCCGCGACGGGCAACUACAGCCGGGCUAUCCAGCCCUGGCAUCACGCCACUGGAGAGGAAUUCCUGAUCGCAUCGAUGCUGCGUAUGAGGACAAGUCGGGUAACAUCUGGUUCUUCCAAGGUGACAGCUACUGGGUGUUUGAUGCUGAGAGGAAGAUUACAGGACCUGAUUCAGUGAGGCAGCUGGGUCUUCCUGUUUCAGAUAUUCAGGCAGCUUUGAAGUGGGAAGACAAUCGUAUCGAGAAAGUCUACCUGUUCAAGUCCUAUUCGUACUGGCCCUUCAGUCUUCAGGAGAACCGGGUUGAAGAUGUCCAUCCUCGCGGCAUGCACGAGUGGGAAGGCGUCCCCAGUCAUAUUGAUGCAGCCUUUCGGGACAGAUAUGGCUACGCCAAUUUCCUGAGUGGGCUGCACUACUGGAAGCUUGACCCUGUGGAGCUGAAGGUGCUGGAAGGCUACCCCCGCAGCAUUGGCAUGGAUUUCUUAGGCUGCCAUUCUGUCUAAAUAAGUUCAUACUGAUAAAUCUGUUAAACUUGUGAAGAGCAGUGGGUUGAUUUUUCAGUUUAUUUCCCUAUACAGAACACUGUUGCUAUUUUGGAAAUAUACUUAAGGUUGAUGUAUUUCAAUAAGACGUCUCAUAACAGCCAGUUCUCACGCCUAACAUGUCAACUACAGCAGCCUGGUCAGUUGUCACGCAUCUCAGUUUAAAGCGGUAGGUUCCCCUCCAGCAACACUUCUAGAAGCGCCAGCCUAGUGCAGAAGUAGUAAGAGCAUCAAAGUGUGGGGUGAAUGGAUUGGUCAUAAACCAGACUUUAUUUCCUUCACUGAGGCUUGUGUACUGACUAAGAGUCACCAAAUUAAUUGUUUUUUUAAGUUAUGUUACGAAAGCCAAGUUAAUAUGCGUAAAUUCCACAACUCAUGUUGCACAAUGUACUUGCGUUACGUUAGUGACAUGAGUUGAUUUACUCACCGGCAUGUUUUAACCCAAAGUAUGUUUUAUUCCCAAACCUAACUUUUUAGUUUUAGUGUCUAAACCUAACCGUCCUGAGACUGUUUGACAAUGUCAACAAUAACAACAGUCCAAAAAUCAUUUUAAGUCAUAAUAUGUAAACUAUUUGUCAGGAAGCUGUUAUUUUUUUAAAGAUUAAUGGGAUGUUGUAGAAUACAUAUUAUUAACUGCGGAGCCCAACUAAUGCUAGAGUGGUAAGUAAAGCAUCAUAGCUUGAAGCUUAAGGCCACUGACUGUGCUGCUGUAUUUGAUGAGUUGGGAGUGAGAACAUGUUGCUCAAAAUCUAUUUAAAUAUUACAGCAAAGUCUUGCCAAAUCAUUGCCAGCUACAACCAGAUUGAAACAAUGGCUUCGCAUUGGAAAAUACACAUAAAUGGUCUCUAGAUUUUACUGUGAAAAGUCAGUCAGUAUCUGCUUACAGGGAUGAUUUUGUCAGUUUCGGGUGGGAAUACACAUCUAAAGAAGAAAAUUGUGGAUGGUGGUGAAAUUCUGACAAAGCCCCUGUCAGGUGAAGAGCAUCUCCUCUCUAGGUCUUGGGCUGGUCAGUAGUGCUGCACUGACCUGUGUGGGUUGAGCUCUAAUACAGUGCGAAUUGUAUUGAGUGCAAGCAGGAUUCCCAGGCUGGGUGCAGGUCCUCGUUAAUCUCUGUAGUGAAAAGAAAAAAAAACACAAAUCAAACAACACCUAGUUUACCAGCAUAUCUGAGGCAUUUAUUAAGGUAUCAAGGGAUUAGGUCAUAAAAACGUGCCUGACCAUGUCUAAAUGCAAACACCAUUUGUUUGGAAUGACCACACCCGGGGUGAGGGCAUAAAGCCUGCCGCCUCCUGGGUGAAUUCUGGGGAUAGAGAUAUCUACAGUAUAUAUUCCAGAAGUUCUCAACAAAGUCUGCCCUCUGUUUUCUGGGAAAAAAAUACCUGUGCCACCCUGGGAUUGCUGGCAUGCGUCUGCUUGCGUAUUCAAGAACUGAAGACGAGUGUAGGGCAAGUUCCCUGAAAAUAUAAUUACUCAUUACUGUUACUUGUUGAAAAUAAUUACUAAUUGUGCAACAGCAAAAUGUAUUGUUAUUCAUUACAGUAGUGAUUCAGCACAGCACCAUUAAAGGUGUUCUUAAACAACAACUCAAGACCUCCACACCCAUAGGUUAGAUCCUUUGUAUUAGAUUAAAUGUGUAGAAAUAGAAAAACAGAUACUGUGAUUGAACAAGCUGUCAUCCGUUGAACAGGUAUUAGCUUUGUCCCAUUGUGAGCUUCACACACCUGCCAACUAUGAGCAAGAUCAGCUCAUUUCUGUAUCUAUGCUUACCACAACGUCAGCAAGAACACACAACAUAGUUGUGUUUGUCAGAUUUCUCCACUUGUGUUGAAGGCUAACCAGGCCCUGCACCAAGUUAACACAUCCUGUAACAGUCUCACCACUGAACGCAAACUGACAUCAACCCUCCAUCUAACUCCUCAUCAGACAAUAUCUUUGUGCUUUAAGAUGGUCACUGUGUCACCAGAAACAUCUUUUAAUUUGCCACGUUGCUGAUCGUGCGUCAGGCUUGGGCCUCUGGCAGAUGCUAUCAUCCAUUCACAUGAGUAUACACUUAACCUCUGCUCUUCCUUACAUAUGUGUAUAUCUUGGCCGCUGCUUUCCAAAACACGUUAAUCUCAACUGUGCUUUGACUGCUUCUGCAGCUCCCUCAAACACUGACCAUUUUGCUCUACAGACGUUACCCAACGAAUAAUUUUAUUGAUGCAGGGCUGUCUUGUAAUGACAUGAUGAUUAGUAAUUUUCUUCCAGUCUAGUAUUUAACAAUUAUCCUGGCACUGACUGUGAUAGAAGGUUUUUGCUUUUUUUUGGUUCUGCAGGUGACGAGUUAAUGUCACAAAGGUGACAGGAGAAUGUUACCCAGUGAGAGUCAGUAUUGGAGAUCAAUUUGGUCACACUGAUUUCUCUAAAGCCACUGCAGCAUGCCCAGAAUAAACGUAGCGGUGCGAUACAUCUUUGAAUAUGUACGGUGCUAUUUAAGGUGUUAUGUAUUAUGUGCAUGUAUUACACAAUUGAAAAAAAAAAGUAUUUUUUUUUUAUGGAGCCAUACAAUAAUCCUCAUUUUCGUCAAGAUCUUUGUUUCCAUUCUCUGAUUGUUAAAGUGCCAUCUUCAGAGGAGCUGAGGCUGUAUCAUUUUUCAGAUGAUUAACAACCACAUUAUGUUUGGCUGACAGUAUAAUGUGGUUUGACAUCAAUGUUGUGUUUCAGUCUUAAUCAGAGACAUGAGACAGAGCUUCACUAUGGUUUGACUUAACUGUAUAUUUUAAUGGAUAUUGUGUUUGUUCAUUUGUAUUCAAGUUGUUACUAUUUCGUAUCAGUGCAGGACACUGAUAAUUGCAUUUAUUUGUAAAAUACACUGUGGUGUUGCAGUCCAGUGUAGCAUUAGCUUGUUCAGGCGUGAUUUCAAACACUGCUAACAUGUCCUGACAAAAAUGUUUGAUCCAUUCUGAUGUACUUUCAACAUUCACUGAUCUUUGUGCCUUUAUAUCCACUUGUUUGCAUCAGAUUAUGUAUUUUUCAUGUGAAUAAAUUUGCUAAGUUUUU